GAAAUUAUUUGUCAAAUGCUAUAAUCGGCGUUAUGUUUUUGAAUUAAAUAGUCGGCAGUAACUCAAUAAGAUUGGUAGGUGUGCAAAUAGGUGUGCAAAUCAGUUUCAAUGAUUCGGCGUCGUGGCGAAGGUAUAUUAUAAACUAUCUGACACCGGGUAAAUUGAAUAUCACAUGGCGCCUAAACUGCGUCCACGUAGUAUCGCAAAUUCACGGAAAGAAACAAAAAAGAGCAGCAAGAAGAAUCAUGUUUUCGAUGACGUGAUAAUUGCAGUUAUUAUCAAAGUUAAUCGUAUAAUUGCUGUACAGACCGCAAGAGAAGUUUGAUGAUGCUACAGCAUCUAACAGUAUGGGUCUUAUAUACCCGGGAGGAGACACUGCCUUGAAGCUUCUUUUAUUAGCCAGGUUCUGCUCGGCCAUUUGGAGUCAUAUAACGGACUGUGAUGAAAUUUACAAUUACUGGGAACCUAGUCAUUUUUUGCUCUAUCAAAAUGGUCAUCAAACCUGGGAGUAUAGUCCACAAUAUGCUCUUAGAUCUUAUGUUUACUUAUUGAUACAUAUGGUACCUGCUAAGUUAUACUGCUAUUUAUUUGAACCAAAUCCCAUCCAUGUAUUUUACUUUGUAAGGUGCUUACUUUCUGUUGGCUGUGCUCUUUCUGAGGUUUAUUUCUACAAGAAUGUCUGUCGUGAGUUUGGCGUACAUAUUGCAAGAGUAACACUUGCAUUCAUGGUACUUAGCUCAGGAAUGUUUAUUUCUAGUGCUGCAUUUUUGCCGUCAUCGUUUUCAAUGUGCCUGAGUACACUUGCCAUAGCUGCUUGGUUCGGGCGAAAAUAUGAAUUAGCAAUAUUUUCUACUGCAAUUUCAGCAUUAAUUGGCUGGCCUUUUGCAGCAUUACUUGGGCUACCAAUUGCAGCAGAUAUGUUGUAUCGUAAAAAAGAUUGGUUCAGAUUUAUUCAAUGGACAGUGAUUUCAGCAUGUGUGAUAUUGAUUCCAAUGGUUUGGAUUGAUUCAAUAUAUUAUGGAAAACUGGUUAUUGCACCAUUAAAUAUUCUCCUUUAUAACGUGUUUUCAUCACAUGGACCAAACAUUUAUGGAACUGAACCAUUUAGCUUCUAUUUUUUCAAUGCAUUUCUCAACUUUAACUUUGUCUUUAUUGCAUCACUGUUCUGUCCUUUAUAUCUCUUCUUAUGUUGGAAUACCAUUCCUGCUAGACCUAGACAUCGUUCAUGCUUGCCAUAUUGGUAUUCUCUGGCUCCAUUGUACUUAUGGUACUUAGUCUUCUUUCUUCUGCAGCAUAAGGAAGAACGAUUUUUAUUCCCGGUGUACCCGUUGAUCUGUUUACAUGGCGCAAUCACAAUUGACGUUAUACAGAAGUUGUACUUCUUCACUCUAACAAAAAUUCAAAACCAUACGAAUUUUAGUCAUUAUCUGCAGUGUUCAACUCUAUGCAUGAUUGCUGCAAUUACUCUUAGUGGACUCAUGGGAAUAUCUAGAUCGUUUGCUCUAUACAAAGGUUAUAGUGCUCCUAUGGAGUUAAUGACCGAAGUUAACAAAUUAGGAAUUAAUGGUCUUGUGCCAAAUGACGCUCCAGUUAACUUUUGUGUCGGUAAAGAGUGGCAUCGAUUUCCUAGCAGUUUCUUUUUCCCAUCUAACAACUGGAAAUUGAGAUUUUUAAAAUCGGACUUCAAGGGACAGUUACCUCAACCGUUUGCAGAUGAUGUGAAUGCCACAAGCAUUAUACAAUCCAACUUUAAUGAUAUUAAUGAAGAAGAACCCUCUAGAUAUUUUGAUGUUGAAAAGUGUCAUUUUAUUCUCGAUUUGGAUCUUAAUAAAGAAACAAUAGGCGAGCCAAAUUAUUCUCGUCAAACAAACCGUUGGAUCAUUAUAAAAUCUUCAAAAUUUUUAAAUGCGGCAAACUCUCAUAUGUUGUUCCGAGCAUUCUACGUACCAUUUGUUUCGGACAAUUAUUGCACAUAUGGAUCGUACAAUCUCUUGCAAAGUACAAAGUUCAAGCUGUCGUCGACCAAGCAUAAAACGUCCUAAAUGCCGAUUCGAUGAGUCGGUUAUUUCUAAUGCCUUUUUUACUGGGCCUAGAACUUAUAAGAUCUUAAGUUUUCCAUUUCCGCAGCAAUAAUUCGAAAAAAAAUGAACUUGAUCAAGUGUAUAUUUUGCAUCUCCUAAUUAAAUGUAAUUUCCUAGUCUGAAUUCAAUAGAAUAUUUUUACAUUCGUAUUUUUUGUAUAUUUUUUGUGACUACAGUUUUUUAUACAUUUUGAUAGAAUUUCAUAAGAAAAUUUUUUUUAAUAAUCUACUGCCAUAUUAUAAUUUAGUAUUGAAUUUUACAUCUUAUCCAUAUUAUGAUGGUAGACUAAUAUUAUUAAUUUAUGUGAUCUGCUAUCUCUUUAAAAAAUCUCAUUUGUAUGUUUAAUGCACUAAUGAAUAAAGUU